AACUUGCUAAUAUCCUCCUGACAACGAAGCGGUGAGAUGGUCGGCAGAACUCCCACCGCCCUACUGGCUGGUGAGGUUGGUGUUCUGGCCUACCCCCCACCAUAAUGGCUACAGAAGCACCUGCAACCGUCGCCCCCGUUCCUGGGCGCACUGAAGAAGAUCAAGCCUUUCUCUUCAGGCGAUUUCCUGGCUACCUGUUGACGGAGCAAAAAGAGGCUUCAGAACCGCCUACCAAAAUCCCUCGCCUUUCCGGCAAUAGGUUCGCCGCCUUCAGAAGCCAGGAGCGAAGUCGAGCAAGCUCAGCGUCUGUCUCUUCUUCACCCUCCCAUCUCCAGCGCCAGUCGACCUUGACGAGUUUGAGCGUUGGCAACUGGAAGAGAGCGACUCUGAUCGGUACGAGGAGGAUCCCCGUGCCUACUGGCAUAAAAGAAGACAUGGUUACUCCUCUCCGCAACCGGCUCCAGGCAAACACUAUAGCUCUGUGUCAGAUCCUUCGCAGCUGGUACGACGCCGGUGUGAUUAGUGAUCUUGAUCCAAUACUGUCAUGGAAGACACAUGAACCCAGAGAAGAUGACUGAUGACGGCCAGGGUAAGGGGUGGAUAUGGGGUGGCCGGUUUUCUUUUUGUUGCAGGGGAAGCAAGCGGGGGCAGAAAAAUGGUCAUUGGCUGGAUGCGGAAGAAAUAUAUGGGGCGCAGCAGGAAAUGUGGGUCUUUUUGCCCACGUGACUGCAACUGCAAUAUAUUGCAUCCACUCCCAUGUGAGCC